GUCCCGCAAUUUUCUUCCUUUCCUUCCUCCCAAAUUCUCCGUCAGCUAAAAGUCAAAAAACACCGAUUUCUUCCCCCCUAAACCCCGCCACCGCCGUCGCCGUCCGAAUUCUCCACCGCCAUGUCAUCCCCACAGAAGCGACCGGAAUCCGACCUCCCAAUCCCAUCCCUCCCUUCCCUCCGCACCCGCUCCACCCCAUCCCCUCGUAGCAGCAGCUUCUCCUCUUCCCACUCCACCGCCACCCCGACCUCCGGCGCCCAGCGCCGCAUUGCGAUCGCCGUCGAUCUCAGCGACGAGAGCGCCUACGCUGUCAACUGGGCCGUCCAGAACUACCUACGACCAGGGGACGCUGUCAUCCUCCUCCACGUCCGCCCCACGUCCGUCCUCUAUGGCGCCGAUUGGGGUUCCAUCAAGGUUCAGAUAAACACCAACGGCAGCAAUAGUCAGAAGAGCGGCGACCAAGAUUCGUCCUCCAAUCAGCAGAAGCUGGAGGACGAUUUCGACAAUUUCACCACCACCAAGGCCAGCGCCCUGGCGCAGCCCCUGGUGGACGCCGGGAUUCCGUUCAAGAUUCACAUAGUCAAAGACCACGAUAUGAAGGAGAGGCUUUGCCUGGAGGUGGAGCGGCUGGGGUUGAGCGCCGUGAUUAUGGGGAGCCGAGGGUUUGGGGCGGCGAGGAGGAACAGUAAAGGUAGGCUGGGGAGUGUGAGUGAUUACUGUGUGCAUCACUGCAUUUGCCCCGUCGUGGUGGUGCGUUAUCCGGAUGAUAAGGAAGGUGGGAUCGAAGAAGGGAGUUCGAAGAAAGGGAUUGCUUUGGUAGAUGAGUGCGAGCUCCAUCCUGUGCCGGAGGAGCAGGAAGAGUUUCACGAUGGUUCUGAUGAACACAAAGAUGCUUAAGGAACAAGAUGAAGUUCAUUCUCCAUCAGGUAAUAUAUAGUUCGACCACUGUUGGCAAUCUUUUGCAGGUUAUUUUCCAUUUAGACUAAGCGGUAGGGUCUUUUGUUCGAAUAACUUCGACGAGUUUCCCAGUAUUAAGAGUCGUUGGUGUAUCUGCAGGAGACUGUUUGAGGCUGUCAUCCCUUUUUCUCAGCUUGGUGUGACAUGAGAGGGUUGGACUGUUUUUCCUCCCCCAUUGUAUAUAAUCUAUGCGACUGCUGGUGUUGAGAUUUCUUCUGGUUCUUCCCGUGUAAUGAAUGACCUGAACUAGAGGUCUUUGGUUUCAGAGUCCGAAUUGUAUGUGGACAGUUAAAACCCAUCUUGAUUCUUGACCACAGAUUCUACAGUUGUUGUUGUUGUUUCCCUGUCACCAGUUUUACUUUACCAAUGACAGCCAAGACUGCGAUUUGUCAUUUGUUCAAAACUUGUGUCUUAUCACUACAAUUUGUCAGUUUGCUUCAUGUUCCAUCACUGAACAUCACGAAUCUAUCGGUUCAAAUAUCAAAUCCAGGACAGGUGAGAGAGAGAUUACAUUUUUUUUUUUUUGUUUAUUUAUAUAAGGGUGAUACCAACUCAUUCAUAAAGAAAAUAAAACAUGAAAGUAGAAAGGAAAACAAGCAAUUUCAAAUGGGUCUACAAGCGAAGACUAGAACAGAACAGAGAAGGCAGCAGCAAAGCUGCCAAGGUAAAGCUUGACGGUUUACUUCUGUUUGAGAGGAAUGACGCCAUAGAUUUGUUCAAACGAUGGGAUCUGCAGAUGGAAUCUCAAUCAAAUGCGGUUAAUCUGCAGAUGGAGACUGCUACGUCGGGGUAAAACUGGCAGGCAUUCCUUCGUCCGGAUGGAGAGAUAGAAAUAUACGUUUCGCACUGUAAUCAGACGAAAAAUCAGAGAUGAGGAAUGCAAAGUAAAACAUUUAUAAGUAGCAGAAGCAUGCAUGCAUAUAAUACACAAUACAAGAUGAACACCCAGCUUGUUGCCGCGUUGGUUGUGAAGGAAAUCCGGCAGGGGCGACCUGAGAACACAUGAUGAUAGAUUGGAUCCUGGAAACCUAUCCCACCAGCCACAUGCGAUCUCAGGUCGACCCUGUAAGAACCCUCCACACACACAGAUUUUAUCUUGCAGACGAUUUUGAGGUCUGACAACACAAUGUGUGAGUUUGAUGUUAUAUAUAACAAGGAGAAGAAAUCUCCGCUCCAUCAAGUGAUGUACUAUGGUUGUAAAUUAGAAAGAAGUACUAUUUUCCAAUCCCUCUUAUUGUUGGAUCUGUACUACAACCACCGGCCAAGUUUUGUACGUUCUUCCCGCUUCACAUCCAUAGUUGCACACCAUUCUGUACUACUUGCUUGCAGUUGCAGUACACCUUUAUGGUUGCGGUGAUUUACUCUUAGAUUCAAAAUGUGAUCAAAUCACCGGAACUUACUCCGAAAAAGGAGAGAUCCAAAUGCACAAAAGGUUCUUUGGAAUUAGGAUCAAAGAGAAGCUACCAAGUUGAAAUGAAUAGUUCAUCAUGUU